UUGUCCUUGUCAUUCGGUUUGGUGUGUUUUGGACCGGGUUGGCAGAUUUGAAUUCGAAAAGUCUUCUGCGCUCUGUUUUUGUCUGUGGCUCCUAGCGUAAAUUGAGACCGAAAGGUACUGGGAACUGGAUAGGAGAAACAACAGGCCCAACCUGCACAUCGCUACCUAUAGGUGACAAACGGCAUGUUCAGUGCUACGAGAAAGAAGUUUGUAGAGGGGGUGGAAAGUGACUACCCUGAUGAGAACAUGUACUACAGCCAGCCGUCCAUGUACCCACAUCGGUCGGACAAAGACGUAAGUGCUCUGUCUGCUCGAUCGCACAUCCCUACUACAGCUCCCUUUGAACUUGAAAUGCUCUCGUCUCCCUCACCGUCGUCAUCAGGUCAACUAUCCCAGCUUGGGGCCAGUUUAUAUGGCCCACAGAGUGCACUAGGCUUCUCGAUAAGGGGCAUGGGCAACAACACGCCUCAGUUAAACCGCAGCUUAACGCAAGGCACUCCGCUACCGAGCCAUAUCACCCCCACCACUGGGGUACCCACCAUGUCCCUCCAUACCCCACCCUCGCCAAGCAGGGGGAUCCUGCCGAUGAACUCGAGGAACAUGCUGAACCACUCCCAGGUGGGCCAGGGCAUCGGGAUGGGCGGCGGCAGGACCAACAGCAUGGGCAGCUCAGGGCUGGGCAGCCCCAACCGCAGCCCCCCCAGCAUUAUCUGUAUGCCCAAACAGCAGCCUGCACGGCAGCCCUUCACCAUCAACAGCAUGUCGGGAUUCGGGAUGAACCGGAACCAGGCGUUUGGGAUGAACAACUCGUUAUCAAGCAACAUCUUCAAUGGCACAGUCUUUAACCUGCCCCUCACAGACGGCAGUGAAAACGUGACGGGGCUAGACCUGUCUGACUUCCCUGCGUUAGCAGACAGGAGUCGGAGGGAAGGAAGCGCAAACCCAACACCGUUACUCAACCCACUAGCUGGAAGGGCCCCCUAUGAAGCCUCUUCUCUUCAUCUCAUGACCUCAUCAGUUGGCAUGGUGACGAAGCCAUCGAACGAGCCGACGCAGGAUUUCUCCAUCCACAACGAGGACUUUCCUGCACUGCCUGGUCCCAACUACAAGGACCCCACGUUGAGCAACGAUGACAGCAAAACAAACCUAAACUCUACAGGCAAGAGCACGUCCAGUGCAGACGGUCCUAAGUUCCCCGGAGACAAGACGAGCUCAGCACAGAACAACAGCCAGAAGAAAGGGAUCCAGGUGUUACCUGACGGGCGGGUGACGAACAUUCCCGGGGGAAUGGUGACGGACCAGUUUGGGAUGAUUGGCUUGCUGACGUUUAUCCGAGCAGCGGAGACGGACCCGGGCAUGGUGCACUUGGCACUGGGGAGUGACCUCACAACGCUUGGACUCAACCUCAACUCUCCAGAAAACCUGUACCCCAAGUUUGCCUCCCCCUGGGCAUCAGCACCGUGUCGACCUCAAGACAUUGACUUCCACGUCCCCUCUGAGUACUUAACCAACAUCCACAUAAGGGACAAGCUGGCAGCUAUUAAACUGGCGCGGUACGGUGAAGACCUGCUGUUCUAUCUGUACUACAUGAACGGAGGAGACCUGCUACAGCUCCUGGCAGCAGUAGAGCUCUUUAACCGGGAUUGGCGGUACCACAAAGAGGAGCGGGUGUGGAUCACGCGGGCGCCGGGCAUGGAGCCCACACUAAAGACCAACACCUAUGAGAGGGGGACCUACUACUUCUUUGAUUGUCUUAACUGGAGGAAGGUAGCCAAGGUAAAGGAGUUCCACCUGGAGUACGAAAAGCUAGAAGAGAGGCCCCACGUCCCAUCUACCUUCAACUACAACCCAGCUCAGCAGGCCUUCUGAGGCCUAGUACAGUCCCAGGGGGACCGCUGUCCCUGCAUACCCUCCUCCCAGCCUGAAGAGGAUGGUGCACUGCAGCCCAGGCGUCCAUCCUGGUUUUUAUUCCUUGAGGAUCUGGCUAAAAUGACUUCAGAGAAGGCGCUCACCACCGCGUAAGGGUGGGGAAAAUUGAGCCCUGCCUUUCCCAAAUUAUGUGCUGCCCAAACACCUCCACUUGUUCUGUUUUUAUUCCUUUCGUUUCAUCGUUUUUGUUUUGUUUUUGACCAGGGUCUGUGUUUUGUUUACGUCUCUGAAUCAGAAGCCUGUUUGGUCCAAGGUAGGAAAACGGACAAUACCGACACACUUUACAGUGACAGAACAAGGGUUAUGCCUCAUCCCCCCCCCAACCCCCAAGUGUUAAGAACAGAGAAAGGUGGGGAAGGCUAAGCCAACAAGUACCAUCCCACACGUGAGAACGAAAGGACGGAAGAAGUGCAAUGUUCAUUGUUGCAUUAUUUAGUAAUAAAAGAACACAAAGAUUG